CAGUGAGGGACGAAAACUUCCUGGCCUGGGAUCCGGGCCGCUCUGUCUCCCAACCCGCCAAUCCCGCCUACUAGUGCCUGGCGCUUCCCCACACCUCCCCCGCUACCCCAGUGUCCGCCAUGGCCAAAGCCUACGACCACCUCUUCAAGUUGCUGCUGAUCGGGGACUCAGGGGUGGGCAAGACUUGUCUGAUCAUUCGCUUUGCAGAGGACAACUUCAACAACACUUACAUCUCCACCAUCGGAAUUGAUUUCAAGAUCCGCACUGUGGAUAUAGAAGGGAAGAAGAUCAAACUACAAGUCUGGGAUACAGCUGGCCAAGAGCGAUUCAAGACGAUAACUACUGCCUAUUACCGUGGAGCCAUGGGCAUUAUACUAGUAUACGACAUCACAGAUGAGAAAUCCUUUGAGAAUAUUCAGAACUGGAUGAAAAGCAUCAAAGAGAAUGCCUCAGCUGGGGUGGAGCGCCUCUUGCUGGGGAACAAGUGUGACAUGGAGGCCAAGAGGAAGGUGCAGAAGGAGCAGGCUGAUAAGUUGGCUCGAGAGCAUGGAAUUCGAUUUUUUGAGACAAGUGCCAAAUCCAGUAUGAAUGUGGAUGAGGCUUUCAGUUCCCUGGCCCGGGACAUCUUACUCAAGUCAGGAGGCCGGAGAUCAGGAAAUGGCAACAAGCCCCCCAGCACUGACCUGAAAACCUGUGACAAGAAGAACACCAACAAGUGUUCCCUGGGCUGAGGAUCUUCUCUUGCCUCCCUACCCUAAGUGUGAAGGCUGAACCUGAGGGAGGCAGGGUGAGGGGCUGGGUGGGGGAGAAAUAGCAGUGGGGUAUG